AUGCUCGAUCCGCAGCAGAACCACCUUACUAUGAUCAUGAUAAGGAUGAACGUAUCUCGGCAUGAAAACCAAAUCCAAGAGCUCGAAAAGGACGUAGAGCUCACGGAAGGUUUCCUUACCGAUUUUGAGCUAGCGGAAGGCCCUUGGUCCGACGAUACGCCAAAGCGGAACGAUAUUGUGACUGGAACCUUCAGCGUCAUGGCGUCCUCUCUGCUAGAGACCAUUGCACAGGCAACAUCGGAGGGCGAAUCAGUGGCGGAGUCCGUUCUUCAUCUUCCAGAGCACGAUGUAGAAUCCUUCGCCUGGGUUUUCCUCUUCGUCGUCUACAAAUCCGCCCUCGACAUAGCAAACGAUGGCAUAAAUGCCCUCAAAGAGGAUUUGCAGAAUGAGUUCCGAGCGCUCUUUCCUGGAAUAUCACCGUCUACUAUCCUAGAGGGCAGGGGUAAGCUGCGGCUGCGGGGCGCUACCGAAUGCAUCAUGCAGUACCUCCGGAACAACGUCAAGGAUGAGCUUUUCGCCGAUCUUCUUGAGUUCAUCUUCGACCCGGUACUGAUACCGCGCCUGCCGCAACGGAAGCCAGCACGUACCUCCUUCCAUGACGCUUUUUUGAAGAAUCGGCCCGCGUACGAGCCACCCAGACCCGAGCCCCUCGCCCACAAGAUCCUCUUGGACGCAUUCAAUCUGUACCUUAAACUCGACGACAUUUCGAAGGGCGAUGAUGUUUCGAAGGGCGAUGAUGUUUCGAAGGGCGAUGAUGUUUCGAAGGGCGAUGAUGUUUCGAAGGGCGAUGAUGUUUCGAAGGGCGAUGAUGUUUCGAAGGGCGAUGAUGUUUCGAAGGGCGAUGAUGUUUCGAAGGGCAAUGAAGCUACAGAAAGUGAUGCAUCCGAUUAG